AUGGCGGGUGAAGCUCCAGUACCUCCUCCCGUAUUAUGGGCACAACGUAAGGAAGUAAUUUUUCUUACAUUUAGCGUGGAAACUAAGGAUCCAACUAUUAAAAUAGAAAAAGAGUCCGUCUAUUUCAAAGGCGUGAACAUCCCAAACAAUAAAGCCCACGAGGUGACUAUACAAUUACACGACGCUAUUAUUCCUGAAAAUAGCAGCUUCGUAAAUAAAGGUCGUUGCAUAGAAAUGGUUCUUAAAAAAGAAAAAACAGACGCAGCCUACUGGCCGUCCCUAACCAAAGAUAGGAAGCCUCAUUAUCUUAAGAUAGAUUUUAAUAAAUGGAAGGAUGAAGACGACGAAGACGAAGCUGCUGGUGGCGGUGGUGGAGAUUAUGACAUCGAAGACAUGCUGAGGUCGAUGGGUCAAGGAGCCGAAGACAAGGGUGGAAAGCCAGUUUUUGACGACAUGGAAAGCGACUCUGAUGACGAAAACUUACCUGAUCUUGAAUGA